AUGGAAUUCGAAGCAGAGAUCCGUCCCGAUCUGAUCGGAGCGAUCAUUGAGGGGAUCGAUCAAGUUAUUGCUGCCAUUGGAAAGCAGGCAGCAAAAGCAAUCCAGGACAUUGAGAAGGAUCUCCAGUGCCAGGUUGACAAGAAAACAUCCGAGUUGCGCGCAAUGGAAGAGGAACUGAACCUUCUUAAACAAAAAGUCGAGGAAGAAAAAUUUGCAAUCGGAGAAGAGGAGACCGAGCGAAAGUUUAUGGAUAAAAUACGCGAGAAAGAGCUUCAGUACAGGCGCAGGGAAGAAGCAGAGCGCCAGAGACAGAAUGAUUUAAAGGAAAAGAAGAGGUUGGAAGACGAGAAAGAAAAAUCAUUCGGUGAUAAAUUGAGGAGCAAACAAGAGGCGGACGGGAGUUGGGCGUGUUGGGAGGCAGAGAAAAAACGCCAAUCGGAGGAGGUCGAGAGGCGCAGGCAGAAUGCAUGGCGCGAAUGGGAGAAGCCAUGGUACUGGGGACAACUCCUUGAGAUCGCCUUCUUGAACAGGUUGACAACGGCUGCAGAUGCUGAGCUAGAAUUAAUCCGCGCAAUGAAAGCAGUUGAUCAUGCACCGGAGAGGGUGUUUAAAUCCGAGGAAGAAAAGCUCAGAAAGGCCCGUCAGCAACUGGAAGAAAACAGAGGCCACAUUACGGAGAAAGAGGAGGAGUUACAGAAAGAAGUCGAGAGGUUAGACGGCGAGCUGCGAACAAGGCCCUUCGCGGAGGCGUAUGACAAGAAGCUGCAAGAGCACGAAAGUGUCAAGGCUGUGGUGGAGAGUAUUCAGAAUACGUUGAAAGAGUCCGGACAGGGCAUUCCGGCCGUCGAACACAUUGUUGUGUAUGGUUCUACCGACGUUGUCAAGAACAAGCCACUCACGUUCAAAGUCCUCAGUUUUCAAUGCUUCCACCUUACUUGUCUAAUCUUCGGUUACAUGUGUCCUGCAAAAAUUGGUCUGGGAGAUAACUGGUUGCCAUGUGUAUUUCGACACUAUAUCGCAUUCUUCGUCGCCUUCACGUAG